GAAAUGCCAUUUUUUCAAUAGUUUUUACAAACAAAAAAAAUGAAAUUUAAAAUCUAAAUUAUUAUCAAAGGACAAAAAUUAUGUCGCAAUUAAUAUUUCCGUCGUUUUAUUGUGAAAAUUCAUUUGUCGGUUACGACCAAAUUAUCGGAUCAUCGCUGACCACUGGCGACUAGAUUGAAAUACAACGACAAAAUCCGCUAAUAAAACAUUUUGUAUUAUUUAAAUCGGUGGACGAUUUGGGCAACUAUUGGUGUUAUCACGUAACAGAUGUGAGAAAUGUUAAGCGWYUGUGUCCGACCAAUAAAGCUAUGCUAUUAUGUCAGCCGUUGAUGGAUAUAUUGAACGAUAGCGGAACUAAUAAGCCAUCGUUGUGUCGGAUCAACAAUCAGGAGACGAUGGCCGCCAUUGUUAAGAGAUUUAUGAUAAUUGCCAAAAAAAUUAGACCAAACAAAUUCAUUCAUAAAGAUAUUGCCACUGUUUUCGGUAUAUUGUAUCGUUUGAGAGAUAAACCCGUCAAGUAUAAUCUAAUAACAAGUAAUUGCGAGCAUUACGUUAAUCUAUGGAAACAUGGUAUCGGUUGGUCGAUUCAAUUGAAUAGAGCUAAAAAUAUGGUCGGCAUAGCUGCCGGUGCAUCCAUUGGUACAGGUAUUGGUUUGUGGUUAGUACGCAAAUACCUUAAAACAUUUCUAUUGAAAACACUGGGAUUGGCCAUUGGCAUCGGCACCGGUAUCGGUGUGGCACUGUUUGUCGGUGACUUAAUCUAUUAUUUAUAUAAACUUUAUAAAUGUUUGAUCAACAGUAAUGCUUUUAUUACAAUCAAUUGGCUAGACUUUGAUAAUAGUCUAUCGGCGAACAUGACUACCGUUUCAAUGGUUUUACAAUAA